CCCAAGCCCGUGGGCACCCGUCACUGCGGAGCGGUGGGAAAGGAGCCGAAGACGCUUCUGCGAUCACCCGGCGCCAGGUCUCCUGAAGCCCCGUUGUGGCCGUUCUCAGUCUCCCGCCAGGCGGGGGUUUCCUUCGCGUGGCGAAACGUUCUGCCUAUCAGAGAAGUGAUCCCAAUCUUGCUGUCCCUUGGUUGCAGAACAUCUAAGUGGUUUUCAAGAUGGCUGCAGCCCCUCAAGCACCAAAGAGGGGAUCUAUUAGGAAGACUAGACCUCUGGUUGUAAAGACAUCACUGAACAACCCGUAUGUCAUUUCCUGGAACACCCUGGAGAGAGAGGACAUACACUUUAUAUUACAGACCCUCGAAGAUAAAUUUAAAUCAGUUGGACUUCAGAAAAUUGAAGAUAAAAAGAAAAAGCCACCUUUUGUAAAAAAGCAAAGAUGCAGCUCAGAUGUUGAGAUUAGUGAAGGUCUGAAAGAGAAGGAGCAUGAUGGGAAUGUGCAGGUCUCAGGGUGGACACCUGUGCAUGUCAGAAAACAGCUGGUCAUUGGUGUUAAUGAAGUCACCAGAGCCCUGGAGAGGAAUGAACUGCUCCUGGUUCUAGUGUGUAAGUCAGUCAAGCCUGCUGUCAUUACCUCACACAUGAUUCAGCUGAGUAUAAGCAGAACAGUUCCUGCUUGUCAGGUUCCUCAGCUCAGUGAGAGAAUUGCUCCUGUUAUUGGCUUAAAAUGUAUGUUAGCCUUAGGCUUCAGAAAGAAUACCUUGGACUUCGCUGAGGAAGUAAAAGCUAUCAUUCCCAGAGUGCCCAGCUUAAAUGUGCCAUGGCUUCAAGACAGAACCCAAGAUCCCAAAGACAUUUUAGAGACAGAAUCUUUGGAAAGCCAGGACAAAGAGAUACUGGACACCUCAUUUGAUGAGGUUACAAAAGUCAGUAAGAGGCUUGCUGAAAGUGAGCAGGCUUCCGCUACAACACUACAACCCCUUAAAAUAAAGAAACUCAUUCCCAACCCUCAUAAGAUAAGGAAACCACCCAAAAGUAAAAAAUCCAUUUCAAAGUAGUUUUCUAUGAACUUGUCAUUUCAUGAAAGGAAAUAAAGUAUGUUUUCAUAUAUUCUUAGAA